AACACAGCCCAACACCAAGGGGGGAGGCAAAAUGGCGCAGGCUCUUGCGGUUGCCGCCCUCUUUGCCACCAUCUUUUGCCUCUCAAUAUCCCCCAGCCUUGCACAUAACUCCGACACAUUCUCUGUUGAAGGAAAGGUGUACUGCGACACAUGCCAGGUCAUGUUUGAGACCAAGAUUAGCGAGCCCAUUGCAGGUGCUACGGUUCGCUUGGAAUGCAGAAAGCGUUUCGGCGGCGGCUUGACAUUCUCGGUUGAGGGUGUGACCGACAAGAAUGGAAACUAUAGUCUUCAUGUGGAAGGAGAUCAUGAGGAAGAGAUAUGUACCCUUUUGCCCAUCAAGAGCUCUAGGCCUGACUGCAAUGAACAAAUGGCUAAUUAUGGGAAAAUAGUAGUUUCUCUUACCAGCAACUCCGGUGUAUCCUCCAAUGUUCGCUACGCCAACCCCCUUGGGUUCACGAUUAAGGAAGCUCUCCCCGACUGCGUUAAAGUUCUUACUGACAUGGGUUUCUUCCCUUCUCAUGAUUAACUGAAAAAGCAUGCACCUUAAUUUCCCUCCCUGCAUUACUAAAUCAUUGAAAUGUGUUCAAUUGUAAUGGCGGUUGUGGCAAACAAUUAAUAUACAAUAAUUUACUUUCAUAUA